UAGAUCAUCCAACUAUUCACACAAUGAUUUUGUAUGACAAACAACACCAUAAAACAAUUCUUGUAGGCCAAGGAAAGGUUAGUAUUGUCCUUCCAUAAAAUUAAAUAUUUUAUCAACUCAAUAAGAAUUUUGUUUCUUUCCUUCUCUUGCAAGAUCCUACAAUUAAUAUACAUCUUAUAAGCUUAACUCAUCUACAUGGACCACAUCAGAGAGCAUUAGCCAAGAAACCAAGAAAUUUCUCCCAGAAAAAAAAAGAAGAAGAAAAUGAAGCUUUGGAGCUCAAGAUUAUCGUUUCUAAUCUUGGUGAUCUUUUUCUUCGCCAGACUUCAUAUCUCCUCAGACGCCCGCAAGCUUCCUAACAUCAUGACGGCUACGGAGGAGUUCCAAGAACAGUUUCGGCAGCUAAGAUUUGAGGGUGAGAGAAUGUUAUCGGAAAGGAAAACCGGCAAGAAGAAUGAUCAGAUCUACGGAGUUUCAGUUAGAGAAGUUCCCGACGGUCCAAAUCCGCUUCACAACAAAUAAUACGUUAAUACGUUCCAGAUUAUUUAAUUUACUGCUAGGUUUUUAUUUGAGAAAGAAAUUCUCAGUUUUCUUGUCUCAACAAAUCAUCUCAUGUAUGAUAGACACACACACAUAGAAACUUUGUAGUAUUUUUGUAUUAAAAUUUAUUACAUACGACGUUCAAAUCAUAUAUCAGUUGAUUUUUUUUUUU